AUGGCAGCCCAAGAACCGCCGGCCUCGACCCCGCAAGUUCAACACGGCCCCGCCCCGGGCUCGCCGCCCCCGGCCGACCGCCGGCAGAUCCGACGGCGCAAGAAGGCCAACCAUCCCUCGCCCGAGCCGGCCGGCGGCAGCCCAGCGGACACCGACCCGCCGACGGCCAUCCUGCUCCCGCCCGACAUCCCCCUGCCGAUCACCAUCCAGCACCUCUUCGUCCCCCCGCAGCGGCCUCCGGGCGCAUAUGCCCACCAGCGCCAGGCCCACGCCGCGAUAUCGAAGACCACGCCGCUGUUCAGCUACUACGCCGGCGACACCGCCAGAAGGGACUCAUCGCCCUCCUCCUCCGCCCCGGGCCCGGCCCCGGAGGCAGCACCCGCCGGCCUGCACCGCCCGCCAGCCGCCGUCGCGCCGGAGAGCGCCGCCGCCGACCUCAAGACCUACGAGAGCCCCGUGACGGGCGAGCUGGUCGAGUGGGCCAUCGCCGAAGGCCAGGUGCUCCACGCACGCGACGGGUGGCGCACCCGGCCGAUCGUCCGGGUCAAGGAGCCCUGCACGCAUGCCGUCCAGUGGCACGGCCAGUGCGCCCUCUGCGGCAGCGACCUCACCAUGUCCGUCCAGCCCCCUCAAACAGGAAAGACCGCAGCCUGCUGA